CUCGUAAACGCGGUCGGAGGGUCGCCAUGGCGAUGGGCAGCUACGGGCCCGGGGUGCGGAUAGGAAACUGGAACGAGGACAUCUGUCUGGAGGAGGAGCAAAUGAAGGAUUUUUUGGAGAAAAGGGAUAAAGGAGAACUCCUCAUCCAAAAAAGCAGAAAACUUAAAGAAAAUCUUUUGAAAAAGGUGGAGCUUUCGGUUUCCAAGGAUGGUUGCGUCCACUUCGGAGACACAGUCAUGCUGGUGAAUACUGAGCCUCUGAAUAAGGGUCCAAACCAUUUUGUGCAGGGUCACCUGACCUUGUCUAUAAAUCCCGAUGAAAUGAAAGCCUACAUAAGCGACAAGCUGGAAGCACCCUGCGGAGUGAGUGGGUCAAAAAACGUGAGCCCGAUUGGAAGGAAUACUUUUACCCUUCUAAGCCCAGAUGGAGGUGCCUUGGGCGAACCCAUCAGGUACGGACAGAGUUUCUGCCUUGGGACUACAGGAGGCUUUCCAGACCAAAUGUUGUAUCUAGCAAGUGACCACAAAACAUUCCUGAGUGCGUCGAAGCUGUCCCGGCUCCAGGAAGCCUUCCUGACUGACAAAAUCUCUUAUUUGGCAUACUGGCAAGCUGCUUUUUUGGAUCCCCAGUUGCGUCUGGAAUACGAAGGUUUUCCGAUCCAGGCAAACACCAAGAUCCUCAUCUAUCACUGCCACACAAACCGGGGAUUAGCGGUUCACAGGAAACACCGCUUGAGGACGUAUUUUGGAGGGGAAUGUGAAGUUGCUUCUCACACACACCUGGACUCCCACAGAGUGGAAAAAGAGCAGAACCACUGGAUCCUUAUCACCGGAAAUCCGAGUGGCGAUUCUCCCUCUAUGCUUGAGCGAGCAACGCCUCCAUCCGAGGAGACGAAGGGUUUAGCCGGAGCGCAGAGUACCAUGCCCCUUUCUCCAACACCCUUCCCAAGCCAGUUUGCUGGGAAUUAAUCAAAGAGGCUGAUCCCUCCUCGUUUCUGGUUAGAUUUAGUUGAGUGGGGGUGUUUAGGGUCCUCUCUGACUUUAUGGCCCAUCAGAGAGAGCAAUGGGGCAUCGUUUCUGCCUGUCCAUGUCUGUAAGGUGAUCCCUGGGGAAUCGAAGCUUCUAGCAGGCUGGCAGGAGCUGGGUUGCUUGGGAUUGGCGCCAUACAAGGCUGGCGAUAUAGAGAGUCCUGGAAUAAAUUCUUUUUGCUUAUGGCAUACGGGCUGAUGAAGUGAAAGUGUU